AGGAAAACGAUGAAGCCAGUGCAGACAAUCUGAGAAUUUUUCCUUUCCAAAGGGCAGUGUGUGUACAGAUGGGAAGGCAGAGCAUCCUGGUUGCUCAGUAUGGAAGGGGUUAAAUCCCCAGUCACUCUAUUCUAAAGUGAUUUAUGAUGAUGUGUAGUGUUUCAAAACUUCCCCCCACCCCAAAGAACAGACCUCUCCUUCCCUACCUAGUCCACUCUCAAUGUGCUGAAAUGGGAAGGAGGCGGUGUUUUGCUGAUCUGUUAAAUUCUUAGUGAAGUUUCCUUGAUUUCCAGUGGCUGCUGUUGUUUGAGUUUGGUUUGGAUCAAAACUGAGGUUAUCCUGGCAUUUCUGGGACUGGAUCCAGGCAAGAGGAAGAAGGAAAAGAAGGAGAAGGAAAAGAGGAGAGAAAAAGUGGUGAGAAAUAAAGGGAGGAGAGAAGCAUAGAGAAAGAAAAAAAAAGUCCUUUUUCAACAUCACAUUCCUGUGUUUUCCCUCAGCCUGGAAAACAUAUUAAUUCCAGUGCUUUUACACUCUCGGAAACAAAGGGACUAAGCCAGUGUGGGGAAAAGGGUGAUAAGAAGAAUCCUGGAACUCUAAACAGAGAAAGAACAAGAUUCAGAAAUAACUGGGACUCUGCUUUGAGGGGCGUCCUGAGUCUGUCGGCACAGGGGACUGGCACACACAGAUACACAAGACCGAGCUGCAACUACAGACAAAUGGAGAUGCAAAGACUUAAAAGGACAGCUCCUUUCACCUCAUCCUACUUGUCAAGAAGGUAAAAAAAGACACAGCCAGAAGGAAAAAGAAGAAAGCGGCUCAGCCCUCAGGUCAGGACAGGCUGUGGGGCUGUGGCGCGACUCUGGGAGCUGGAACGGCAGCAUAGCCCCUUUGUAGCACUCAGCCUCCCUCGCGAAGAAGAAAGAGGGUUGGGAGGAAAAGUAUUUCAUCUAGGAAUCUGUCCUGGGACCAAACUUCAGACUGCUUUUUAAGCCCUCUGCAUUCCAUCUCCAUGAGCCACAAUUGGAUUGCACAAUGACAUGGAGAAUGGGACCCAGUUUUGCCAUGCUGUUGGCAGUGUGGCUUGUGUGUGGAUCAGAACCCCACCCCCAUGCCAUGAAUGGAGGGAACCCCCGAGGGCGGAAAGCCCCUCUGGUUUCUCCAGUCAACAGGAGGCCAGCUCGGUUUCUGAGGCACAUGGGGAGGUCUCAGGGAACUGAGAGAACCACUCUGGAAGAACCAAACCUUCAGCCUCUCCACAGGAGGAGAAGCGUGCCGGUGCUGAGGGUGGCUCAUCAUGCGACAGCCGCGGCAGCCCCGCGGGGCCGCGCCGCGGCGCAGGGGAGACCCGAGCAGAGCCUAGCCGCCCGGAGCUCUCCCCGCGAGAUGGUCCGAGAUGAGGGGUCCUCGGCCCGGUCCAGAACGUUGCGCUUCCCCUCGGGGUCCAGCUCUCCCAACAUCCUUGCUAGCUUUGCAGGGAAGAACAGGGUGUGGGUCAUCUCGGCCCCUCACGCCGCAGAAGGCUACUACCGCCUCAUGAUGAGUCUCCUGAAGGACGAUGUGUACUGCGAGCUGGCGGAAAGGCACAUCCAGCAGAUUGUGCUCUUCCACCAGGCCGGCGAGGAGGGCGGCAAGGUGCGGAGGAUCACCAGCGAGGGCCGCGUCCUGGAGCAGCCCCUGGACCCCGGCCUCAUCCCGAAGCUGAUGAGCUUCCUGAAGCUGGAGAAGGGCAAGUUCGGCAUGGUGCUCCUGAAGAAGACGCUGCAGGUAGAGGAGCGCUACCCUUACCCCGUCAGGCUGGAGGCCAUGUAUGAGAUCAUCGACCAGGGCGCCAUCCGCAGGAUAGAGAAGAUCAGGCAGAAGGGUUUUGUCCAAAAAUGUAAGGCCUCUGGGGUAGAGGGCCAGGUGGUGGAAGAGGGGAACAAUGGUGGAGGGGCAGGAAGGCCAGGCCUGAGCAGCGAGAAGAGGAAAGAAGACCAGAGGAGAGGCCAGGUCCCACCAACCAGGGAGAGUCGGGUGAAGGCGAUGAGAAAAGCGGCCCCCACCAACCCCGCUCCUCCCCCGCCUCCCCCAACCCCGAGGGCCACCACCCUGCCGCCUGCCCCAGUCACAGCCGCGACUCGGGCAACCUCCCGGGUGGGCACUGUGGCCGUGCGGCCAACCACCAGCACCUUUCCAGCCAUGCAGAGGCCCUGGAGCCCCCGGGCGCACCCCUCCUCAGACGCCCACAGGCCCCCAGCAACAGCCGAGGCGACCACGGCCUCAGAGCAUCUCUACCCUCCCCCCAGGAAGGAGCAGCACAGGGAGAGGCCGCAGAGCACCAGGAGGCCCAGCAAGGCCACCAGCCUCGAGAGCGUCACGGCUGCCCCUGCCGCCGCCAUCUCCGAGCACAGCGCCAGGGCCGGCGCGGGCCGUUUCCGGGACAACCGCACCGAGCGGCGCGAGCACAGCCACCGGGACCCGAACGUGGUGUCAGGUCCUCACAAGCCAGCCAAGGGGAAACCUCCCAAAAAGAAGGCCCAGGACAAGAUCCUUAGCAACGAGUAUGAAAAUAAGUUUGUCCUCAGCCGGCCCACUGCCUCUCAGCUGGAGGAGGGGUUGCAGUUGGGGAAUAUUCCCGCACAAAAAUCAAAGGAGUCCAAAAAGCACGAGAAGCUUGAGAAACCCGAGAAGGAGAAGAAAAAAAAGGUAAAGAAUGAGAAAGCAGACAAGUUCCUCAAGACUGAAAAGCAAGUGAAGAAGGACAAGGCAGAAAAAAAGAGCAGGCAGGAGAAAGAGAAGAACAAGAAGCAAAAGGCAGGCAGACCAGAGCAGGAUGGCCACCUGAAAGCUGCCACCAAACAUCUCCCCCAGGGCCCCAGGAAGUCGGCGACCGACCUGCUGGGCUCCUUUGAAGGCAAAAGAAGGCUCCUUCUAAUCACUGCUCCUAAGGCUGAGAACAACAUGUAUGUGCAACAGCGAGAUGAGUAUCUGGAAAGUUUCUGCAAGAUGGCCACGAGGAAAAUCUCUGUGAUCACCAUCUUUGGCCCUGUGAACAACAGCACCAUGAAAAUCGACCACUUCCAGCUAGACAAUGAGAAAACCAUGCGAGUGGUGGAUGAUGAGGACCUGGAAGACCAGCAUCUCAUCAGUGAGCUGCGAAAAGAGUAUGGAAUGACCUACAAUGACUUCUUCAUGGUGCUCACAGAUGUGGACCUGAGAGUCAAGCAAUACUAUGAGGUGCCUAUAGCAAUGAAGUCUGUGUUCGAUUUGAUCGAUACUUUCCAGUCCAGAAUCAAAGACAUGGAAAAGCAGAAGAAGGAGGGCAUUGUUUGCAAGGAAGACAAGAAGCAAUCAUUGGAGAACUUCCUAUCCAGGUUCCGAUGGAGGAGGCGACUGCUGGUGAUCUCCGCUCCGAAUGGUGAAGACUGGGCUUAUUCACAGCAGCUGUCGGCCCUCAGUGGUCAGGCAUGCAAUUUUGGUCUGCGCCACAUAACCAUUCUGAAACUUUUAGGUGUCGGAGAGGAAAUUGGGGGAGUUUUAGAACUGUUCCCCAUUAAUGGGAGUUCUAUUGUGGAGCGAGAAGAUAUACCAGCCCAUUUGGUGAAAGACAUCCGCAACUACUUUCAAGUGAGCCCAGAGUACUUCUCCAUGCUGCUAGUUGGAAAAGAUGGGAAUGUAAAAUCCUGGUAUCCUUCCCCAAUGUGGUCCAUGGUGAUCGUGUAUGAUUUAAUUGAUUCGAUGCAACUCCGGAGACAGGAAAUGGCCAUUCAGCAGUCACUGGGGAUGCGCUGCCCAGAAGACGAGUACGCAGGCUAUGGAUAUCAUCAUAGUUACCACCAAGGAUACCAGGAUGGUUACCAGGAUGACUACCGUCAUCACGAGAGCUACCACCAUGGAUACCCUUACUGAACAGAAAUAUGUAACCUUAGCCCCAACCAGUUUCCCCUGUAGCUGCUAAAGCCACGUGUGGCCAGCUAUGUAAAGGAGUUCUUCCACACUGCCUACAUUCCCUGCCUUUUUCUUUCAGUGUUCUUCCAAGAUUAAAUACAUAACAAAC